UCUCCCCGGCGCUGCCACAUCCUCCGCUGACAUCAGCCCGCGGCGCCAUAUUGGAGGAGAAGCCGCCUCCGCCAGCUCGGCCGCCGCAGGGGGGGACGUCGGCCCCCGCAGCCUCCGCCUCCCCCCUGCGCCGCUCCCCAUGACUCCCCGCGGCCGGCCGCUGUCCCGGUGCGGGUAGGGCGGAGGCGGCUGCGGAUCCGGUCUCUUCUCCUCAGCUCUCCCCGAGCUGUCGCCUUUCCCCUUGGCGGGCCUCUGCCCUCCCGCAGCCUCCAGGCAUGACUUCCCUGACCCAGCGCAGUUCCGGCCUGGUGCAGCGCCGGACCGAGGCCUCCCGCAGUGCCGCCGCCGAUAAGGAGCGGGGAGCUGGGGGCGGUUCGGAGGAUGAAGGCCGCCGGGACGAGUCUGGCGACGACGAGAAGGGCGACUCCAAGGAAACGCGGCUAACCCUCAUGGAGGAGGUGCUGCUUCUGGGCCUCAAGGACCGUGAGGGUUACACAUCAUUCUGGAAUGACUGUAUCUCCUCAGGAUUGCGUGGUUGUAUGUUAAUUGAAUUGGCACUGCGAGGGCGUCUUCAGCUAGAGGCUUGUGGAAUGAGGCGCAAGAGUCUACUAACAAGAAAGGUGAUUUGCAAGUCAGAUGCUCCUACAGGGGAUGUUCUGCUUGAUGAAGCUCUGAAACACAUAAAAGAGACACAGCCUCCUGAAACAGUACAAAAUUGGAUUGAACUGCUUAGUGGUGAAACAUGGAACCCACUGAAGUUGCACUACCAACUACGAAAUGUCCGUGAACGGUUAGCUAAAAAUCUAGUGGAAAAAGGUGUACUGACAACAGAGAAACAGAACUUCCUCCUUUUUGACAUGACCACCCACCCUCUCACCAACAACAAUAUCAAACAGCGCCUCAUCAAGAAGGUUCAAGAAGCAGUUCUUGACAAAUGGGUGAACGACCCUCACCGCAUGGACAAGCGCUUGCUGGCACUUGUUUACUUAGCCCAUGCUUCAGAUGUUCUGGAGAACGCUUUUGCCCCCCUUUUGGAUGAGCAGUAUGAUUUAGCCACAAAGAGAGUGCGUCAGCUUUUGGAUUUAGACCCUGAGGUUGAAUGUAUGAAAGCCAACACGAAUGAGGUUCUGUGGGCUGUUGUAGCAGCUUUCACUAAGUAACUGCAUUCAGACUGAAGUGUUCUCUCUUUCAUGUAAACCAGUUGUUUAGUCUUCUAUUGACUCUUCAUGUUUUCUGUAAUUUGUACCUUCUCACAUGAUGAAUCGGCUUUUGUUUAAUGGGAAUUAUAAGCGGUGUAUUCCCUCCUUCUGUGUGUAUCUGUAUGCAGGAUUCUGCUGGUACAAGAGACUCUCCUGUUUAAAAACAACAGAAAAAGGUUUUACUGCCAUAUUGGUAUUCCAUUUCCUAUUCAGUUUGAGUUAUCUGAAAUACUUUGUUUAAUCUAUUUUUCAUCUUAUUGUUACUGAAGUGGUUUAAAUCACCAAAGCUCCAUGUUGAAGUGUCUUUCAGGACAUUUUGUACACAGAUGUCAUUUCAAUUAUAUCCAACAAAAUUACUUUAAAAGCAGAAAUGCCAUUAAGCAGCUUUGUCAAUAGUUCUUGUAAAAGGCCCCGUUAAUUUUACUUUUUAUGUAAGUCUCUUGUGUAGUUUUAAUUAGAAUGAUAGCUGAGUCAUAAGGCUAGUAUGGAAAGGUCCAGUUGUUUCAUAAACCAGUUUUGGGAUGGGAUACAUUCCAUUAUAUUGUAUAUAUAGUUCAAAUUGUAUAUUAACAACUGCCCCAUCUUAGUAUUUUGCAAGAUCUACUUAGUUGUACACCUGGUGCCCCUUAUUUGCUGUCAGCCAUUGCCAUUCAAUGGAAAGAGAGGCCUCCUGUAAAGAGCAUGUAUGUGAAAGCUGUUUGUUUCCAAUGUCUGCAGAGUUUGCCAUUCAGGUAUUCUCAGUCUAUGCAUUGCCUUUGAUAAUUAAGUGUACGGAAAGAGACUGCUUUUUAUCAUUGUGCGUACUUUGUUUUGUUGUUUCUUUUCUUCUCCCUUUUUUUAUGGAAGAGUGACCAGUACAAUUCUAGAGUGCAGUUUUUUAUUUCGUACACAAAUUAAUGUUUGUCUCUUAAAUCUCAUAAUCUAUUUUACACUUUAAAAGCGGAAAUUCAGUCCUAGCAGUUGCUGCAUGUAAACAGUUAGCAAAUAAUGACUGCAGUUAAGACAAUUAAGAUUUCUGUCAUGGGACACUCUGCUAUACUUUGAUUUUUUUAAUAUUUUUUUUUUACAUACAGUUAUGCUGAUUAGCCCACUUGUGAAAAAAAUAUAAAACUCUGUCUUUUUAAAAUGUACUGCCUCUUUGCUACUCCUUGUUCUUCCAUUUCACAGUGUAAAUAUUGUGCAUUGAAAAAAUUAAGCAACAAUUUACAUUUCUUCUUUUUUUUCAUCAUAAAAAUGCAGAUUUAUAGUGGGGCUUACAGGUGUUUAGAAACUUUUUUGGUUAAUAUUCAGAGCAAGAAUACUAGAUGGUGUAUAACUGUAGAGUAGAAAUUUAAGGGUUCCCUUAAUCUGUAUACUAGCUUUUUACCUGCAGUAAAUAAACUAUGAUCUUGAAAGUGCCUGAAACAGAGCAAGCAUGUCACUUUUAUUUUUUUGUUGCUAAUUAGAAAGGUUUUAUUGCUUAACUGAAAGCUUUAGUUAAUAUCCUUCUUAUUAGAAAGGGAGAGUUUAUAUUAAAUAGAUCAAACUGACAUAAUCAGCAGUGUCAUUCAGAUCUGCAGGAUUCAUGGCUGAGACAGACCAAGUUAGCUUGGGAGCGUGCAGCUGUGCCUGCCGUAGGUAGACCUCAUCUGUCUUAAGCACAACUCUACAGCCUCAUCUUUGACUGGAAUUCCAGUUUUGCACUUCAUUUUCAAUCAUUUAGAUGCUUAAGUAGUUGACUUUAAAAUACAACUUAAAUUCAUCAUACCGUUAAAUUCAUACAUAACCUUUUUUAAUAAAGGUUUUUAAAAUAUGGUCCUUAACAUUUAAUGGCACACUGUUCUUUCAGUUCUUAAGUGCUGUUUCCUUAAAAAAAAAGAAGUUAAAAAUCUGUUGUAAGAUAUUUCAAACUCUGGUUUACAAAUAAAAAGACAAGUGUUCUCUCAGUUGUAAGAUGCUGUGUUUUAACUUUGAGGAGCUUGGCCAUGAACUUUGGAUAUUUUCUUUUAAACAUUUUAAAAUGCAAUUGGUUUAAGUGGAGGAAAAAUGAAAGUUGCCAUGUUGAUCUUACAUUUGACAGCAUAGAGAAUACUUUCUGUACUUGCUAGUGUAUGCUAACUCACCGCUUUCAUUGUCUCUCCUGUGAUCUGUUUUCUCCUUUUCUGUUGCUCUUUGAAAGGAGAGAAAAAUAAUUAGGUGGAAAGGUCAGAAAUAUAGUGUUUUCAGGAGCAAGUUAAAUGUACAGAACUUCUAAAAUGACUUUGAAAAUCUAAGCUAGUUGAAACAUGCUUCAGAGUGGAAGUAUCUUUUUAGUAGUCCCUUUUCUGUCUUCUCAUCUUCGUUCUGUGAGUCUUUUCCAUAUUCUGUCUGUUUCAGUUUAGGUUGUAGAGGAUGUUGGUGUUUUGUCACCCUUACAGCCAGCAUGGUUUAGAAUAAGUUAGCUUUUAAUGCCCCUCAGAAAGAAGAUUUGGGGAUUUUUAUUUUUUUUCGUGUAGAAGAUAACUGCCUACAGUAUUUAUCAGCUUUAUUUUACUUUAAGACAGAACCUCUGUCUGUGAUGGGGAUAGUUUGUACUGGGUGUUAUCAAAUAACUGAUGUAAGUAAUAAAGAUUUUUGUGAACAGCAACAGUGUCUUUUGCUAGACCACCUGGUAUAAGCAUGGAUGUUCAGGGGAAAUAGAUGAGCUUUUCCAGUCUUAAAACCCAAAGCCUCACGAGCAUUACCAGACCAUGUAUCUAACAAGGAAAGGUAAGUUUGGUAGGUUAACAGGAACUGCCUUCAUUGGUAUUUCAGGUCCUAAUUACAUGGUUAAACAUGCAAGACUGCUUUGUUCUGCUGAGAUUCAGGUACCCUUCUUCCUAUUAGCUGCUAUUGCAGCUUGCUGAGAGCUGGUUUUAAGGCAGUUUUGUCUGCUCCAAGUCUCAGCUCUCAAUGGCUGCUUGAAAUAAAGACUGCUAUCCAAAGCCUGAACUUGAACGUGUGCCUCAAGGAAGAACAUAGACUAUUCAGGGACACAUUCUUUUAAAACAAACUUUCAAGUUAAUGUCAAGAUCAGGAUUUUGAAAGUUAAAUCCCCAAGCAGUACAUAUAUAUGCAGUUUUACAGUCCUGAGAUUUACAUCCUGCUGUCCUGUGUUUUUAGGAUGAUGUUACAGUGGUCCUAUAUAGGAUGCUAAUGAAACCUGUGUUCCAUACACAAUGCUUGUGAGGCAAAAAUGGCAUAAAUUGCCUAUCAAAGGCUGGUGACUGAGUGCUCAUGUGUUCAUGUCCAUUUUUCCUGCAAAGUGAAGAUAUGUAUAAACUAACAUGUUCUCUGUGAACUGGACUGAAUCUGUACUGAAAAGAAAUAAAGCACCCUUUGAAGCUA